AUGGUAUUGGCCUUGCCCGAAGUUGACGAAUCCGUUGCCCUUCGGAUACCUGAGGAGCAACAAGGAGCCUUGUGCUGCGCAAUUAUUAGUCACGACAAUCCACAGGCCGAGGCAGUCCUCCCUGCACCUGCCGUAGAUCCAACGCAUGCUACGGAUGAUGAAGACUCACCAUGGCCUACGGCUAAGCUGGAGUUCACCCUUUUCGACGCGGGGAUGCAGUCAUCCGACUCCCAAUAUCUCCCACAGGAGAUACGCGAAGUGCUGCAGACACAUAGACAUGUUUUCCCCGGCAGCUUGCCACCAGGCUUGCCACCCAAGCGACCGCACAACCACCGCAUCCUUUUAGCCGCUGGCAAGCUCCCAACAAAAUCGGCACUUUACCGUAUGACUCCUGAUCAGCUUCGCUCCCACAAACAGGAAAUCAUCAAGCAGUCAUCACAUGGAUGGAUCGGUCCCACGUACUCCCCCAUCUGCGCACCGACGAUCGUGGUGCAUAAGCGAGAUGAUGGUACAGGCGAGCGUCAGAUGCUUAUGGUGGUUAACUACCAAUCCCUCAA